GUAAUUCAUUAUCCACGCUUCAGGUAGAGUAGCCAGGCUUUAGUUUAGGACUGAUGUCGGAUAAAUUCUUAUGUCGAUUUAAAACAUUUGUGUCAGCCUAUUAGGGAGCCGUGCCCCUUGUGUUUCUUUCCUUAUCUUCCUCCUAUGACUUAUAAAGUACGCUCUAUAGUACGUUUAGAAGGAAUAAAACAAACAAACACACGUUUCUCAUGCUACUGUUUGUUUAAUAAGUUUUGCAGGGUUUCAGCGACAUCUGGUGGUCAGCAAUGUAUCAAUGUCGCUAUCGGAAUCUUCAACCCUGUUUAUUGUCAUCAUUUCUUGUUCUUCUUUGUUUAAGUUUCUGGAUUUCUUUAAGAAGUACCUGCUGUACUCAGGACAAGAUUUUAUCGAGCAUAUUAAGAGGGUCCAAUGUAAACGUAAACUUUCCACCAGACCAAAAACCUUCUUCACGACGUGUCAGCUUAGGCGAUUUAUCAACUAGGGACAAAAAGGUGACGGUCAACCAAACAGAGAAAGACAAACAACAGUUGUCCGUGAGAGAUAUUUUAAGACUGUCUCUCAACACUACUCAGUUACUUAUGGUCAUUGGUAGGAACAAUAAGUGUGCAGAUGUCGCUGUAGAUCCACGCACCUUUUGGAGCAGUCCAACAGAGGAAGAUCCAAACGAUGUAUUCACUGCUGAACAAGACGUCCACAGAAUGUCCCUGGCUAUUGCGUGUGGAAUGCUCGACUGGGACUAUCUGUCUACACCGCCAGUCAAUGAACUGUACUCCUUUGAAAAGUUUUACCUGUCUCGUCCUCCUGUGAUUGAUGUCCUAAGCGCAACCAGUGAGACAUUCUCUACCGUCUUGAUGUUAAACCCCAGCAGGACAUUAACGUUGUCAGAGAUGAUCCAGCUCCAAAUAGAUGUGAAAGACGGGAGGGGAGUCCCUAAAGGAUUUGGAGGAGACGAGAUCCGCGUUUGGUUCCAAGACAAGUUUAUGAGCGGCACAAGCAUGUCUGCCAAAAUAGAAGACCUGGGCAAUGGAACCUACAUCGCGUCAGCACCAGCAUCUUGGAUAGGUACAUUGCGAGUCCAUGUUGCGGUAACCUACUCCAGGGAAUACCUCAGGGCUUUGGUAUAUCUACAGUUGGUUCUAAAAUCAUUUCGACACAUCGGCGCUUUGUUUAAAAAUGAAAAGGCAAGCGAGUUAACGCCCUGUUACCACACAGAAGUCAUACCUGGACACAGCCGGUCUCAGAUUUGUAAUAUGACCACCAUUAACGGCUCUCCUUGGUUCUGUGGUCGGCCAAGGAAACGACAGCUAGAUUGUGAGCUGCACUUCGCUGGAAGCAGGGUCAUCGAGGGGCCUUCAAAUAUUCCCGCCACACCAGCAGAGAUGGCACUAUUUCUUCGUUCGUCUGAGGCCAAUAGUACAGUAUUUCGACUCGUCCCGAAUGACAUACAGUUCAAUGUUGUUGCAGAUGCCUCUGAGAAGCUUUUCCUACAGCCCAAGACUGCUUGCAAUGAAAUACCAAUCUCAGAGACCUGGGACUUUGAAUCCCCAACAGGUUUUAUGUAUAAAAAUGUCUGGAUGCCUCGACAUUGUCACAUAGGUCACUUGAACACAAGUUACAUCUAUCAGGACAUAGAGAUAAUUCUUUUGGGAGAUUCUAAUGGUCGAUCCCACUAUAACAAAUUCGUCCAAGGAUCCUCAUGUGUGCAGGUUAAGAAAGCCUCGACCGAAGCUUGGCACAAACCGUUGCUAUGUGUUCACGAAGGCAACAAGUUCAGGUUGAGAUGGGAACCUCACACCCAACCAUUCAUGAAUGGAUUCAAAAUAGCAGAAAUCGGUUCACUGAAUGCUGCUAGUGUUGAGAUUGAUAAAAUACCUUCCAAGGGACGCUACCUGGUUUUCCUCAACCAUUAUUUCCACAUCACCACUGCACACAUCAGUUCUAUAGAUUACAAGUACAGAGCCAUCAGAGACGCAUUAGUCAGACUGUUUCAAAGAAAUUCUCAAGUUUUAGUCGUGCUCCAGAGUCCCCAUACUUCACAAGUAGGUUGGCCUAAGCAUUACGAGGCUGGAGACAUGCUUGGUCAUGAAAUCAUGAGGCUUCAGAAAGAAAUCUUCUACGAGAUUCGUCACAAGGUCAUUUACUUCAACACCUGGGACCUGACAGUAGCUACAGCCAACAUGAACUUUCACCCCGAGGCUGCUCAUCAGAUAUUUACAACAUUACUUGGUUUUGUUAGCAGAAAGUUUUAACUAAAUCAAUGCUCUUAGAUAGCUUUUUUUCCUAAAGUAGACUGCUGGCCAGCAAUAUUCUAUUCUAUUCAAAGUUAAAAGUGUUUGAUCUGAACUAUCUUUGUAUAGUAUAUCAAAACAAAGAAUGACUAGUGAUAACAUUCCACAGAAAAAUAAUUUUCAAUUCUACAAAUUCUACUAAUGCCUUGAGAAUUAUGAGAAUAUAACUUUCUCUACUCCCAUUCGCAUUAAAUGUGGUUAAUUGAAUUAUUUUUAGUUUGAUAGAUUUAUGCAACAGCAUCAACAAACAUGUAGAUAAACAACAGCAUCAACAAACAUGUAGAUAAACAACAGCUACAACAAACAUGUAGAUAAACAACAGCAUCAACAAACAUGUAGAUAAACAACAGCUACAACAAACAUGUAGAUAAACAACAGCUACAACAAACAUGUAGAUAAACAACAGCUACAACAAACAUGUAGAUAAACAACAGCUACAACAAACAUGUAGAUAAACAACAGCUACAACAAACAUGUAGAUAAACAACAGCUACAACAAACAUGUAGAUAAACAACAGCUACAACAAACAUGUAGAUAAACAACAGCUACAACAAACAUGUAGAUAAACAACAGCUACAACAAACACAUUGGAAUGUGUGGCGGAGUGGCAUUAAAUUCAUAAAUAAAUAACAAUAAUAAUAAUAAGGCUUUUCUUCGAGUCCGAAGAUUAAUGAGGAGUGCAAUAUUUCAAGUGGCUACGCAGUCCCAGCUGAGACCUACAUAUUUUUGCCAAGCCAGCGCUGACAUAACUGUUGUCCAUCGGUGGUUGAUUUUGGAUUCUCUUUUCGCCCUCUACAUAUGUAAUCGUCAGUGAGUCUUCUUUCAAAUGUGUAUCCUUCGGUCUUGGUUAGACAUCUCUAGCUGUAUCGUUCCCAAGCCGCCUCCUGCGAGGUGAGGUGUUCUCUUCAUCAGUUACAUUCAAUUCUCCCCCCCCCCCCAGCGUCACAGCAAUAUCAGAGAGAGAGCUUGUUUAUGUCGAAGUGUAUGAGUCGCACUCCUAAGUUAUUGACAUGUCCUUUGGUUAAAUGGUGUGCGCUGGACACUCUUUCACGAACAAUCUGACCUAAAUCAAGAGGAUUUCAGAGUGACCUCAGACUAUCUCGCUAGAUUUUAGUUUUAUAAAGUGCUAUCAAUUUCAUAUCUAAAAAAACUUGUUUGAUUUACAUUCACGUUUAGGGUUGAACAGAAAAUCUUGAAAUCUAUUGUAACUCUGUGUACUUUAUUUGAAGAAUUGUAAAUUUUCUUACGUAUUUCAGAUAUUUUGUUUUUGUCCUAAUUUAUAGAAAUUUAGUCGUUGAUAUUGGAAUCAAUUGAUUUAUACCAAAAUAUAUUCUGUGUUUCAUA